AUGGCGUGGUGUGAUCUUCCCCCAAUGAGUCUUUCAUCUUUUCCUCAUUUCAAUAAUUCGAAAGAUUUUACUUCUCUUGAGAGUCUACAUCUUGAAAACAAUCAACUUAAAGGUGGCAUUCCAAAAUUCUUUGGGGAUAUAUGUACUUCACGUGAAUUGCGUUUGUCGGGGAACAAUUUUGAUGGACAACUUGUUGAGCGUAUCAAUGAUUUGUUUGGAUGUGCAAAAGACUCAUUUGAGGUUUUGGAAUUAGCAAGGAAUCAAUUUACCGGAUCAUUGCCUGAUUUUGCAAUAUUUCCAUCAUUAAAAGAAAUAAAUCUUUUUUCCAACAAAUUAAAUGGGACUGUGUCCAAAACCAUUGUAAGCCUUCAUAAACUAGAACAUUUAGAUGUUUCUUCAAAUUCUUUGCGAGGCGUCAUAUCUGAAGCACAUUUUUCAAAUCUUUCCAAAUUACGGCACUUGCAGUUAUCUAAUAAUUCUCUUACUCUUGAAUUCGACUUCAAUUGGGCUCCCCCUUUCCAACUGGAUGAAAUGUACUUGAAAUCUUGCAAGUUGGGGCCUACAUUUCCAAAUUGGAUCCUAACCCAAAGCAAUGUUACUACCAUUGAUAUCUCCCAUGCUGAAAUUUCUGAUACCAUUCCAGCAGAGUGGUUUGCGAACUUGCCUACUAAAUUAGUACUUUUAAAUCUUUCUUGCAACCAAAUACAUGGACUGCUACCUAAUGUGACGAAGAUGCCUUUGAAUGCUCAUACAAUUGAUUUGAAUGCUGAUCGUUUAGAGGGUCCAUUGCCACUUUUUUCAACUAAUCUCAGCUCCUUGAGUCUCUCUAAAAAUCGAUUCUCUGGUUCACUUACGCUUCUUUGUAAAAUCAAUGGCGGGUUGUUGGGUUUCCUAGACCUAUCUGAUAACCUAUUAUCUGGAGCACUUCCAAAUUGUUUUAUGCAUUGGCCUAACCUAUUUAUUUUGAAUUUGGCUGGCAACAAUUUCUUUGGUGAGGUUCCAAGCUCUUUGGGCUUGUUGUUGAUGCUUGUAACAUUGAGUCUGCGUAAUAACAAUUUCUCUGGAGAUUUUCCUUUAUCCUUGAAAAAUUGCAGCUCCUUGAAAUUUAUGGACUUGGGAAACAAAGUACCAGCAAGGAUUGCUGAAGGCUUGCCACAGUUGAUUGUUCUUAUAUUACGUUCCAAUAAGUUCAAUGGAAGCAUACCAUGGCAUAUAUGUCAGUUGAAAUAUUUACGCAUCUUGGACUUCUCUCUAAAUGACAUAUCUGGAACUAUACCACAGUGCCUCAAUUUCAUUGCCAUCGCUCACAAAGGAAAAUCUUCCAGUAAUCUCUUUGAUGGUGAUUACCUGGGCACAGAUGGAGGCUAUGUUUGUAUGGGAAUAUAUGUUGACAGUGCAAUGGUUGUACUAAAAGGGAGGGAGUAUGAGUAUGGUAAAAAUCUUGAACUAUUAAAGAUCAUUAACCUUUCAAGCAAUAAACUAUCAGGAAAACUUCCUAGUGAAAUCUCGAGCCUUUUGGAGUUGGCUGUAUAUCCAAAAGCAACUUAA